AUGGCAACUGAUACGGCGGUUCCUACAUCAGAACUUCAGGCGGAGGCACCGGCCACCGUGGAGAAACAACCUCACAAGCUCGAAAGGAAGUGGACGUUUUGGUUCGACAAUCAGUCGAAACCGAAACAGGGAGCCGGCUGGGGCUCCAAUCUCCGCAAGCUUUACACUUUCGACACAGUCGAGGAGUUCUGGUGUUUAUAUGACAAGAUAUUCAAACCAAGCAAGUUCCCCGCACCUUCCGACUUUCAUUUAUUCAGAUCUGGAGUGGAGCCCAAGUGGGAGGACCCAGAGUGUGCUAAUGGGGGAAAGUGGACUGUAACUAGCAGCAAGAAGGCUGAUCUGGAUACCAUGUGGCUUGAAACUUUAAUGUCUUUAAUUGGGGAGCAAUUUGAUGAGGCUGAUGAGAUAUGCGGAGUGGUUGCCAGUGUGCGCCAACGGCAAGAUAAACUCUCGUUGUGGACCAAGAAUGCAGCCAAUGAAGCAGCUCAGAUGGGCAUUGGGAAGAAGUGGAAAGAGAUUGUCGAUGUCACUGAUAAGAUUUCCUACAGUUUCCAUGAUGACUCCAGGAGGGAAAAAUCAGCAAAAAGUCGAUAUCAUAUACCAUGGCAGUCAUGA